UUUGGUCUUAUUUCCAUCCACUCUGGAUCGCAGUUCCAAUUCAACCCAAUCAACAAAGUGCUUACUCAUCCUCAUGUUUUCUCUGUUGGUGGAGCAGACGGUUCUCCAGUGUCCUUAUUCUUGAAUGCAGACACUACUUUGACAGAUCUGGGUGGUUUAGGUAUCUACGUUGAUCCUACAACUGGAGAGUUUGGACUCGUUGACCCAUUUGGCCAGCUCAAGCCCACGCCUGGCUUCAGUAUCAGCGAGGGCUACUUGAACUUCUCGCCAAACAAUAACUGGAAGGCAUGUCCCUCAGGACCUAACCAGUUCUCCUUGGCCAACAAUGAUUGUACAGGAGGUACUGGCAUUGCCUUGAAGAUCGCCCAGUAG